AUGGUUCGUGCAAUAAUCAUUGACAAUGGAACAGGUAUGUGUAAAUCAGGUUUUAGUGGUGAAGAUAAACCUCGAGCUAUUUUUCCAACGAUUGUUGGUCGACCAAAACAUCAAAGUAUCAUGGUUGGGAUGAAUUAUAAAGAUUCAUAUAUUGGUGAAGAAGCACAAAGUCGUCGCGGUAUACUUUCACUUCAAUAUCCUAUUGAACAUGGUAUUGUUAUGAAUUGGAAUGAUAUGGAGAAGAUUUGGCAUCAUGUUUUUUAUAAUGAAUUACAUGUUUUACCAACAGAACAUCCAUGUUUAAUAACUGAAGCACCAUUGAAUCCAAAAAUUAAUCGAGAAAAAAUUACAGAAAUUAUGUUUGAAACUUUUAAUAUACCUGCUAUUUAUAUUGCUAUUCAAGCUAUUCUUUCACUUUAUUCAUCUGGACGAACAACUGGUGUUGUUCUUGAUUCAGGUGAUGGAGUUACACAUAUUGUACCUAUAUAUGAAGGAUAUUCACUUCCACAUGCUAUUGUUCGACUUGAUUUUGCUGGUCGAGAUAUAACGAAUUUUCUUAUUCAAUUAUUAAUGAAACGUGGCUAUGGUUUUACAACAUCAGCUGAACGAGAUAUUGCGAGAGAUAUGAAGGAGAAAUUAUGUUAUAUAGCAUUUGAUUAUGAAAAAGAAAAAUUAACAAGUAUGAAGACAAGUAUAACUGAACGUAGUUAUGAAUUACCUGAUGGACAAAUAGUUCGUAUUGGUUCAGAACGUUUUCUUGCACCUGAAGUUUUAUUUAAACCAUCAGUUAUUGGUUUAGAACUACGUGGAAUUCAUGAAUCAAUGUAUUCAUCAAUAAUGCAUUGUGAUAUUGAUAUUCGACGAGAACUUCUUAGUAAUAUUGUACUAUCAGGUGGAUCAACAAUGUUUUUAAAUAUUCAUGAACGUUUACAAAAAGAAAUUAUUCAAAUGAUUCCAGCAUCUGUAGAAAUUAAAAUCAUUGCACCACCACAACGAAAAUAUUCUGUUUGGAUUGGUGGGAGUAUUCUAUCAACUUUAUCGACAUUUCAACAUUUAUGGUUAUCAAAACAAGAUUAUAAUGAAUAUGGGCCAACUAUCGUUCAUAGACGUUGUUUUUAA